UGUUACUUGAUCAUUAUAAUUAUUUUAAAAGGCUUAAUAUUUAUCAUUGUAACGGGAAAUAUAAUUUGAUAGUUUCAUCAUUCAUCCACCACCAUGAGCGAUCUGUCUGAUUUUUCGAGCGGCAGUAAGAGCGGAGAUUCUGAGCUCCAGGAUUUUCUCAUGGUUGAGAAACAGAAGGCACAAUUUCAUGCACAGAUACAUGAGUUUAAUGACUUUUGUUGGGACAAAUGCGUUGACAAGCCGGGCUCCAAGCUAGAUUCCCGCACAGAGACCUGCAUUUCCAACUGUGUGGAGCGGUUCAUUGAUGUAUCCCUGCUCAUAACCAAUCGAUUUGCCCAAAUGUUAGAAAAAGGAGGUGGAAUGCAUUAAAUUAUUGUAAAUUACUAAUAAAAAUUGUUAAAUUCUAGAUGUUUGGGUAUAUUGUAUGGCAUAAGGCAUUUUAUUAGAAAUAGUGAUUGUUUAAUUAAGGUAAUGAAUGGUGCAAUAAGUUAAUAAAUUGCAUUGUCUUAUGGUUCA